AUGAAACGAAUUUUUAGGUUGGUAAGAAGAUGCUAUUAUUCAACUGAAAAAAGGACAAAUGGGCCUUUGGUAUUAGUAUCUAAUAAUCAGAAUAUUCAUUUUAAUUUAUCCUUAGAAAAUUUUCUUUUAAACAAUUAUAAUGAUUUACUAAAAUAUUUAAAUAUAAACACUAUUGAGAAAUUUAAUGAACCAAUUUUAUUUCUAUGGAGAAAUAACAGAUCUAUAAUUAUAGGAAAAAAUCAAAAUAUAUGGAGUGAAUGUGAUUUAAAAAAUAUAAAAGAAGAUGGAGUUCUAGUAGCUCGUCGAUUUACUGGUGGAGGUGCCGUUUAUCAUGAUUUAGGUAAUGUAUGUUUUACAUUUUUAAACAGUAAUGUUAAUACUUCAUCUAAUUUCUCUAUCAUUUUAAAUACCUUAAAAAAUCAUUUUAAUAUUGAAGCUAAGACACAGGGAAGAAACGAUAUUACAGUAAAUGAUCAAAAAUGUUCAGGUUCUGCUUUUAAAAAAAUUAGAGAUGUAUUCUUACAUCAUGGUACUAUAUUAAUUAAUUUGGAAAAAAAUAUAUUAAAUAAAUAUUUAACACCAGACAAAAUAAAAUAUAUAAAACAUGGUGUUUCUAGUGUUAAUGCAAGAACAAUUAAUUUAAGUGAAAUAAAUAAAAAUAUUACUUGUGAAAAUUUAUGCAUAGCUUUAAUUAAAGAAUUCAUAAAAUUUUAUGAACAAAAUUAUAAACAAAAUAUAAAUAAUGUAAAAAAUUUAGAAAAUAAUAUAAAUAAUUCUAAUUUUCAGAAGAAAAAACAAAUUAAUAUAAACAAUACAAAUGAAAACAAUUUAAUACAUAACACCAAUAUAAUACCUAAUGAUAUUACUGUUCAUUAUAUUGAUCAAAAUAAUAAUAUUACUAAAAAUCCUGAAUUCCUUAAAUAUUAUAAUUUAUUAAAAGAUUGGGAUUGGUGUUAUGGAAAAACUCCCAAAUUUCAAAAUCAUCUUUGUAAACAAUUCACUUUUGGAAAAUUAGAAUUAUUUUUUAAUGUAUCUAAUGGUUUUAUAAAAGAUGGAAAUAUUUUCUCAGAUUGUUUAGAUAUUAAUCUUAUUGAUCAUCUCAAAUCAAUUUUUAACAAUGAUAUUAAAUAUUCAAAAGAAGAUAUAAAUAUUUUUUUAAAAAAAUUAAAUGUUGAAAAUAAAAAUUAUUUAAAUGAAGUUAGUUCAUGGAUAUUACAAGAACUUUAG